UGAAAGUCUGCUCCAUAGCUCAAAUACAGAAUAAGCAAAAAUGAGGUCCAUCCAACUUGUUUUGGUCAAGCUUGUUAUCUUUCAAUGUAUCAUGUUAUUACAUGCUCAGGAUUUUGAUUUCUUCUACUUUGCUCAACAGUGGAAUCCAGCAUCAUGUGACAGCAAGAUAAAAUGUUGCUACCCAACAAAUGGAAAACCAGCACAAGAUUUUGGUAUUCAUGGGCUCUGGCCAAAUUACAACAAUGGCUCAUUUCCAAAAAGCUGUAACAAAAAUGCCCGUUAUGAUGAAACGCAGAUUUCGGACUUGAUAAGUAGUAUGCAGAAGAAUUGGCCGACACUAUCUUGUCCAUCAAACAAUGGAACAAGGUUUUGGUCUCAUGAAUGGAAGAAACAUGGUACUUGUUCUCUUUCUAUGCUAGAUAUGCAUUCUUAUUUCCAAGCUGCUCUUGCCUUGAAGGAAAAGGUGAACCUGCUUCAAUUUCUCAAUAAUGCAGGUAUUAAACCAGAUGGAGGAUUUUACAGCUAUGAAGCAAUGAAAGAAGCAAUAGAAAAAGGCAUUGGACAUACUGUUGGUGUAGAAUGCAAUAUUGAUUUAUUUGGGAAUCGCCAGCUUUUUGAGGUUUAUGUGUGUGUUGAUAAAUGUGGUUCGGAAAUCAUUGACUGCCCAAUUGUCCCAGAAAGUAAGAGAUGCAAAGAAAGUAUUGAAUUUGCUGUCUUCGAAUCAGAAAGUCUCCUUGAUGAGAAAUCUGCCUAUUCACUCUAGAGGGACUCUUCUUCACCAGCAAAUUCUUCUUUAGAUCGUGGUAGUCAAAUAAUUGUUCUGUUUUAUUGACUGUAAAUUGUACAGUACAGGGAUAGGAAGAAGGAUCUUCACAUGGUGUUUAUUGAUUUGGAGAAAGCGUACGAUAAGGUUCCUAGGGAGGUCUUAUGGAGCUGCUUAGAGGAUAAAGGGGUCCCGAUUGACUAUAUUAGGGUGAUUAAAGACAUGUAUGANGG